AUGCCUCUUCUACUCCUCUUGCUAUUACUCACCGCGUCUGUUCAACAGACAGCCAAUGCGCCUGUGGUCCAAGGCUCGCAUCCAAGCAAAUCCAUAUUGUCACCUGUGUAUCAUGUGGAGGGUCCACCCUUCGCAGUCAUUGAAGAAGACCAUUCACCAUCAGAAGAUGACAAACAACAUCAAGACAUUCCAAUAUAUAGUGAAUCAAAAGGAAAUGUCGUCUCAAUUGAGGAACUACAAAAGAUCAUAAACAGCUUUAAAACUAAGUGUCAAGUACACGUUGAUAUACAACCUAUAAGAAAAAUUGUUGAGAGAAAGCCAACAAAUCCAGCACUAGAAAUAUUCGUUGAAACCCCUAAAACAAUUGUUUUUGAGGAGAAGCCAACAAAAGCAGUAAAAGUUAAACACCCUGUGAAAGAAGUGAUUAUGAAGAAACCAGUAACAGAAGCAGUCUCUACAGCCUCUACACUCCCUGGAAUGAUAGUGAUUGAGAAGGAACCAACACCAGAGUUACACUUUAUAAACACUAAAGACGAAGAAGAGAUCAAAGAGCAAACAACACCAGCAAUACGUAUCAUCACUCGAAAAAAGAUACCAAUUCGUGAAAUAACGACAACUGAAUCAACAACUGAAUCAACAGCAGCCAUACGCUUUGUGACCACUAAAAAGAAGCAAGCCAAAGAGAAGCCAUUACAUGAAUCAAUACCAGAUAUAGGCUAUAUAAGUCAUGAAAUGGAAAUAGCUGAUACUAAGGCAGAAGACACCACAAUUGCCCCAAUACCAGAUUUAGGCUUUGUGAGCCCUGAAAUGGUCUUGAAUGAAAUGGAAUACAGGAAAGAAGGGACAGCAACUGAACCAGUAACAGCUCCUGCAAAGCCGAAGGUGGUGACAAAGAAGGUGAAGAUUUUGUUAGAAAAGCGGACAGAACCACCAAGAGGAGGUUUAAUUUUGCUAAGCCCAGAGGAGGUCACAGAAACAUUGUACCGGAUAGAAGAGAAAACAAGUCCAUCAAGUCAAGAUUUGAUUGAGAUUAAAAAGCCUAGGGAAAAACCAGUACCAGAACUGAUCAGAUUAAAAAAACGAGCAGCAAAAGUAAUGCCAGAUUUGUUUGCAAUACAAGGGCCAGAACAAGAAAUAUCAGAAUUUGUGGAGGUAGAAGAAGAACCAGAAGAGGAAGUGUUAUCAGACUUAAUUGAGGAAGAAGAUUCAGAAGAAACAUUAUCAGAAUUUAUUCCGGUAGAUGAACGAGAAAAAGAAGAAUUAUCAGGUAAACAUCUGGCCCCAUGGAAAUCGUUGAGGUACAAGAGCCAGAAGAAGAAGAAGAAGAAUUAUCAAGUAAAUAUCUGGAACUAUGGACGACUUUGCAUACUUGCUGUUUAG